AUGCCAGACUGCAACGGCGAAAUUGCCAGAGACAUGUGGUCGCGCAUCAUCCCACAGAUCGCAUUUGAUUCGGAAGUUGUGCUGAACCCAAUGCUUGCGCUUUCAGCACUUCAUCUGCACGCUCACUCACCUGGGAAUGCGCCCAUGUCACUGGCUAUAUCGCGCUACCUAGACCGCACCCUAGUCAACCACCGAGAAGCCCUACAAAGCUUUGAUGGGAAGCUAACAGAGCAGGUCUGGCUCUCCGCUAUUUUGCUUUCGAAUAUAUACUGGCUUCUGGCGCACCAGCAGCGGCCGGAUGAGCCAUAUGAACUGCCUUUUCAUGGCUGGAGAAUGAUGCAUGGUGUGACAACACUGUUCUUGAGAAGAUACAGCCUUCUCACAGAGCUGGGCUAUGAAUGGUACGGUCACGUCUCCGCAAGCGCUAUGGAAACCCAUUACAAACUCUCAUUCGACUCCGCAGAACACUUGGAGACACUGAAAGACGACCUAGCCGACCUGAUGCAGAGAUUUGAACAUCAAUCACGCACGAACGAGGAAAAAAUUGCGUAUUCCGAAGCACAAGCUUAUGUGAUUGCAUUUUACCGCGCGUACUUGCGCGGAACUGAUACGAGAGUAUUGCGGAUGUUUAUCGGUACAAUGCCAAUCAAAUGUCCGCCCACAUAUUUGAAGUUGCUGGAGAGACAUGACCCUCUAGCCAUGGCAAUCAUGGCGCGGUUACUGGUAUUGCUUGUGCCUCUCGAGUCAGCUUGGUGGAUAAAUGGCAUAGGCGACUAUGAGGUCGUAGCGCGAGACAUUCGGGGCAUCUAUGAGCUGAUACCCGAACACCUUCGCUGGUGUAUGGAUUGGCCUCGCAAAGUACUAUCAGGCGAAAUAGAUCUGAAUCGACAAUCCACGAAAGCACAAGCAAAAGCUUCACGGCCAUCAUCUCAGGAGAAAUUCACUUAA